CGUUGUCACAAUUUUACUUCAUUGUCCACAGAGAAAAUUCUGGAAAGUCUAUUAUUUUGCAGCGGCACUGUAGCAGUGUAUGUCAGAAUAAAUAACACCGUUUGGGCGAAUCGUUGUGUUGAUUUUUGUGGUGUUUUUCGUUGAAAAUAAGCGAGAAGUCUAAGAUUCAGCGUAAGAUUAUAAACAAUAAUUCAUACCUCAGGGCCCGGUGUUUCUACGCAGUUUUACAAUCUGUCUUUCUACGUUUGUAUUUUGAAUUUUGAAUAAGAUGGCCGACGUUGAUGACCUCACCGAGGCAGAGUUGCACACGAAACUCAUCAAGGAACAAAUGGAGGAACUAAAGCAAAAAGAAAAAGAAGUCGAAACGUUGCAGCAAAUUUUAGACGACCAGUACAAGAAGAAGAAGAGCGUGGAGGAGAUACUAGAUUGGCAUUUGCAGGAGGAAAGCCGCCGAUUGGCGAGAGAAUGCGCCCUCUAUAACAUCCGAGAACACAAACAGAAACUAAAACAGAAGGCCAUAGAUAUCCAGGAGAAUCUGGCCAUGGAGAACGAGAUCCUUCUAAAGCUGGAGAAUCUGGAACUCGACAGGGUUAUACACGACGCCAUGAACCGCCAGCAGGUCAAGGAAAGCUUUGAAAAGUACGCCAACUUGGUCAAAAUGCAACAAGAGUUGGAAAAGGAUCGAGAAAAGGAAUUGGACUUCGUCUUUGAUUCGGAAGCAAAGAUCAUUUUUGAGAGACAAUCUGAGGUGUGGAAAAGUGAAGAAAAAGAUCGACAAAAUUUACUGAAAGAAGUGCUGGCAACCGUCAAACAACAAAUCGAGGAUAACCUCGAAAAAAAUAGAGAAAGACAAAGGGAACUUGAAAGAGAAAAAGAAGAGCACGAGAAAAACAUACAAGCGUACAAUGAGGAGUUGGAAAAGCUCAGCAGAGAUAAAGAAAAUAACCCAAACAGACAAUUCCAACAGGAAAAUAUAAAAUUAAAGGAUUUGGAUGAUGAGUUGGAAGGAAUAGAGAUAGAAGAAGAAUGGUUGAAGAAAGAGGUUUUAAGUACACAGAAAAAACAUUUUGUUGAAGCUUCCACAAUAGGAACACAUCGUUUUUAUUGAUCCGUAAUUUAAUUAUUAAUUUAUACUGUUAUAUUAAUAAAGUAAAUAUUUAAAAAAAGUAAAAUCUUAAAAAAAUAUUAAGCUUAUUAAAAAAAUAUUAAGCUUAUUAAUCUGUCAGCUACUACUACUACAGUAUGUAUAGUAUAUAGUUUAAACCUCUUUAAAAUCUCAAAAAAAUAUUAGAAACAAAUAAUAAAUUUGUUAACAGCUUAUUAAUCUAUCAGCUACUACUACUAUAGUAUGUAUAGUAUAUAUCUUAAACCUAAAUAACCGAAAUUUUUUGUAAUAUGAAUUAUAAAACCCCCUCAUACUUAUUUUUAAAUGCAUUGUAUUAAUAAUUAUUGUAGUUUUAAGAUGCUGG